AUGGCGAAACCGGAGCCGGAUGUUCAAGUCCCAGCUGGUGACGCUAAGAAGGGUGCCAAGCUGUUCAAGUCCAAGUGCGCCCAGUGCCACACCACCAACAAAGGAGGCGCAACCAAGCAGGGACCUAACCUAUUCGGACUAUUCGGAAGGCCGUCAGGGUCCGCCGACUACGCCUACACCGACGCCAACAAAUCUUCCGGCAUCGUGUGGAGUGAGAAGCACCUCUUCAUGUACCUGGUCAACCCCAAGGAGUACAUCCCUGGAACCAAGAUGGUAUUCGCCGGCAUGAAGAAGGAGCAGGAGAGGGCGGACCUCAUCGCCUACCUCAAGGAGGCGACCGGAAAAUAA